GCACAUCCAUCAUCAUAGUGGUCUGUUCUCUGUCACUGCACUGCUUAGAUGUAAUCAAGUCCUGCGCAAGUUUCAUCACGAACAGAUUUUCCGGUGUUCAAAUAUUCCGCGGGUUUCAGAUAUUGUGGUUCGAGACGCGGCCAUUGUCCAGCCUCAUCACUAUAAAAGCGCUGGAUGGUGGUAGGUCUGCACGAACUCCAUACGCCCCAUCCUGAUAUGACCACCUUCGUCUCAAACGAUCCUGCUUGGUGGCCGAGCCUCAGUUCUGCUCAGUUUACUGGCUAUUUUGAAGUUGCAUCUGCUGUUGUGGUGGGAUACGACUGGGCAUUAACAUCCGCACAAGAGUUCGAACUCAUCUGGAGGCAACGUUGGUCCUUCAUGACCGUUCUCUAUGUUUGUGUACGUUACGCUGGAAUACUGUAUUCUCUCACCGCCGUACUAGUCAUUCUCCCAGUCCCGGUGACAGACAUAGUGGGCAACAUCCUUCAUUUCAUAUCGAUAUUCACCCCCGUUGUCGUCAAUGCCAUGCUGGGCGCCAUCAUGAUGACUCGGAUACACGCCAUGUAUGGGCGAUCCAGCAAGAUUCUCAUAUUUCUUGCUGUACUCUUGCUGGUUUCCACAAUUGCCACCGGGGUUGUGACGGUAAUUGGAAACCUAGGUUAUUCAGGGGAGGAGGCCGUAUUGUCUGGUUACUAUGUCUGUCUUUACAGUCUUGGCACGGAUGGGAUAUAUCUGAAUGAUGACAUGAUCAUACCCACCGUAAUAUGGGAGAUCCUCACUGUUUUUCUUGCAGUUUGGAUUGCUAUAAAACACCUCCGUGAACUGCGACAAUCGCAGAGAGGAUCGACCAUUGGAGACUGUUUCACGGUGCUAAUGCAAAGUCACAUGUUGUACUUUCUAGCCUUUGUCUUCUUGGCUUGCUUCACUCUUGGACAACUGUCUCCGAAUAUCACGUUCUCAAAUGGUUUGGGAGCUGAUGUGUAUGUUGGCAUUCUCUGCAUUGCCCAGGGGUUCCAGAUGUGUGUGCUGGGACCACGUCUGAUCCUCAGCGUUCGUGAAUAUAACGCCAAGCUCGUGGCCAGGUCCGACGGGGGAACGCACAUGACGUCCAUUGCUUUCCAGGCUGGUGCAGAUGCGUUGACUGGCGGAGAUGUGUAG